AUGGAGAGAAACUCAAAUGAGCUCAACAUCAGUCGUGCUCAGUGGAGCAUUGAUGCCUACUGCCCCAGAGAAAGUAAUGGAAGAGUGUGUAAUGCUUGUCAGAAAGGCUGGAACCUCUUCCAGUCCAGCUGUUACGCAUUUAAUGACGCUGAGUCCCCUAAUCAGAAAACCUGGGAAGAAGCUCGAGAAAACUGCACAGGAAAGAUUUCAGAUUUGGCUGUUAUAGAUAAUGACACUGAGAAGGACUACAUUAAUAAAACCAAAUGGUUAUUCGAUAAAGUUGGAAUCAGUGGAUACUGGAUCGGCCUGAGAGCUGAAGAAGGGACAUGGAAGUGGGUUGAUGGAAGUAAUCUGACUCAAAGCUCUUGGAUACAACAACCUCCUACCAACGGUCUCUGUGUGACUUCUGACAAGACAAACGUAUGGAAAGCAGAAGAGUGUGUAACGUUUGUCAGAAAGGCUGGCUACCCUUCCAGUCCAGCUGUUACGCAUUUAAUAACGCUGAGCCCCCUAAUCAGCAAACCUGGGAAGAAGCUCGAGAAGACUGCAGAAGAAAGAUUUCAGAUUUGGCUGUUAUAG